AAAAGUGCAACCAAGAGGAGUUUUGCUUUCUGGCCAUUCGACAGCUGCUGUGCUUGAAGUCAUGCGUACAUUGGACGCUUAUCUUCUACACCGACGGUGGGAAUCACUUCGCGAAACCACAUUCUCCGACCACCCUCCGCCUUCAACAACCUCCCUCUCGCUGCCUGUCUAAGCAAUUAACUGGUAGGAACCAGUGAAUAAUAUAUUCCGUUUGCUGACUUUACAACAUCUAGUUUUGCUGCUCCUGAUUUGGAUCGAGGACUUUUAAUUGAAUACUAAGAUUGCACAAGUUUAAUGCGCUUGAAGAACACUUGCUGAUGUGUAUUGUUAAUUUGAUUUUAUAGCAUGGGUAGUACUAUCAAAGAGGACCAAUGUAUGCCUGAUGAAAAAAUGGAACAACAUACAAAUCAUUGCAACAAGGAAACCAUGGCAGGUAGUGAGCUUUGGACAGAUGGACUCUUAUGUGCUUUUGAAUAUGUGAAGGGUCAAAGAAUAUCAGAAAAGUCAAAAUCACACACAAAACCCCAACCAGCUCAUAAACCAAACAGUCAUAAAAUAAUGACCAGAUCAUCUCUUCAAGAACUUGAUGAUGGUUAUUCAUCAGAACCCACACCUCUUACAGAAAUCUGGAAUGAAAAUAUCCACCAUUGGAUCCCAAUUGGUUGGGCAAGAAUAUCUGAACUUGUUGAAACAGUGCAAAUCAAUGAUGACUGGACCUCACAGCAGUUUGAUUUCACGGAUGAUGAAGAUGAUCGCACAACUGCAGAUUUAGCUGCCCCCUAUUGGGAGCGGCCAGCUGGACCUAUAUGGUGGUGCCACGUGGCUGCAAGCCACCCACACAUUAAUUCCUGGCUUACUAAUGCUUCAUGGUUGCAUCCUGCAAUAAGUAUUGCUUUGAGAGAUGAAAGUCGGCUUAUAAGUGAAAGGAUGAAACACCUUUUAUAUGAGGUCCCAGUUAGGGUUGCUGGAGGUUUGUUGUUUGAACUUUUGGGUCAAUCUUUUGGUGACCCGUAUAUUAAGGAAGAUGAUGUACCAGUUGUGCUUCGUUCAUGGCAAGCACAAAACUUUUUAGUCACUGCAUUGCAUCAAAAAGGAGUUACAUCAUUCUUAAAUGUUUUGGGUGUCAUAGAAGUUCAGGAACUUCUUUUUGGUGGUGGUAAUAAUAUACCAAGGACAAUACAUGAGGUGAUAGCACUUUUAGCCAGCCGGCUUGCACGAUGGGAUGACAGAUUAUUUCGGAAGUCUAUAUUUGGUGAAGCUGAUGAAGUGGAACUGAAGUUCAUUAAUAAGAGAAACAAUGAAGAUUUGGAUCUUUUCAUUAUAAUCCUUAACCAAGAAAUCAGAAGGCUAUCACAAGAGGUUAUUAGAGUCAAAUGGUCAUUACAUGCAAGGGAAGAAAUUGUGUUUGAACUUGUUCAACAUUUGAGGGGAAACACAACCAAAAUGUUGCUUGAGGGCAUAAGAAAAAGCACAAGGGAGAUGCUUGAAGAGCAAGAAGCAGUUCGUGGUCGCAUUUUUACAGUUCAAGAUGUCAUGCAGAGCACCAAACGAGCCUGGUUGCAGGUUUUUUUUAUAGAAAGAAGGGAUAGAAGCACAAGGGUGACACAUAAUUUAGCUGUGUUUGGUGGGUGUGGGCUAGUUUUGUCAAUCAUCACGGGAUUAUUUGGGAUCAAUGUUGAUGGAAUCCCUGGAAGUGAAAAUACACCAUAUGCAUUUGGUCUAUUUUCAGGAAUGAUGUUCUUGAUAGGAAUCAUCUUAAUUGCAGUUGGGUUAAUAUAUUUUGGACUUAAACAGCCAAUCACUGAAGAACAGGUUCAAGUAAGAAAACUGGAGUUGCAAGAACUUGUCAACAUGUUUCAGCAUGAUGCAGAGACUCAUGCUCAGGGUUUUUUUUGGGUCCUUCUUGCCGUUCAUCUCAAUCAGGAGGAGUCGUAUUGUGAAGUAUGGGUGAAAGUGGAAAGCGGCAGCGCAACAAGAGGGAGAGAGAAAGGGACAGGGAUAGGGGGAGGGAGAAAGACGGUGGCAAUGGCGAUCAUAAGAACCAGAGAAGAAGAGGAAACGAAAGAGAUGAUAGAAGUAAUAACAACAACAGGGGAGAAAGAGGAAAUUGAGCCUGAUGAAGAACUUGGUGAUCGUGACCCUUUAUGCCCUGCCCAGGAUGCACUUAUUAAGGUGCAUAAUGCAAUUGCAAAUGUAGCAGAAACAGCUGGCGAUUCUGAUAAAAAGUGGAAAGAUAAGGAAGAAUGCCAACUUCUAGUUCCAGCUAGCCAGUCUGCAAAUAUUAUUGGAAAGGCUGGGGCAACUAUAAAGAAAUUAAGAAGCAGGACAAGGGCAAACAUUAAAGUUACUCCAAAAGAUAUUAGUGAUCCUAAUCAUUCGUGUGCCAUGGACUUUGACAACUUUGUUGUGAUAACUGGUGAACCAGAGGCUGUGAAGAAAGCACUGUUUGCAGUCUCCUCAAUUAUGUACAAGUUUACUCCAAAGGAAGAGAUUCCUCUUGAAACAUCUGUUCCUGAAGCUCCUCCAAACAUCAUAAUACCUUCUGAUGUACCCAUCUAUCCUGCUUCUGGUCUAUACCCAGGUGUAGAUCCAUAUGUGCCUUCCAGACCUCUUCCAUCUGUUCUAGGUGGUUCACAUGUACCAGAACUUCAAGGGUAUGCGGAUUCAGGGAACACAUGGCCAAUUUACUCUUCUGCCCUCCCUGUAGUUUCGGGGUAUGGUGGUGCAUCUGCAUCAGGGGAGUUACUCGUAAGGGUGCUGUGCCCAUUUAACAAGAUUGGUCGUGUUAUUGGAAGGGGUGGUGCUGCCAUUAGAAGUGUCAGAGAAGCUAGUGGUGCUCGUGUUGAUGUUGAUGAUACCAGACGCGAUGAAUGCAUUAUUACAGUUGCAGCAACAGAGUCAUUGGAUGAUAUAAAAUCCAUGGCUGUUGAAGCAGUUCUAUUGCUUCAAGGAAAGAUAAGUGAGGAAGAAGAAGAAAACGUUUCUUUUAGGCUCCUUGUCCCUUCUAAAGUCAUCGGGUGCAUCAUUGGUAAAAGUGGUUCUAUCAUAAAUGAAAUUCGGAAGAGAACAAGAGCAGAUGUUCGUAUAUCAAAAGGUGAUAAACCCAAAUGUGCAGAUGUUAAUGAUGAACUUGUUGAGGUGAUUGGAGAAGUUGGGAGUGUGAGGGAUGCACUUGUUCAAAUAGUUCUUAGGCUUAGAGAUGAUGUUCUGAAAGAUAGGGAUAGUGGUGGUCAUAAUCAAUCUUCAGGGAAUGAUUCCAUGUAUGCUGGUGGCAGUGGACUUCCUGUGCCUCCAGUGUUGCCAAGUGUCCCCCCUUCAUUGGGUUAUGAACAUAGUCAUAGAGGUGAACCUGGGAGCAGUAUGGGUAUGGGUAUGGGUAUGCUUCCUUCAGGCUAUGGAUAUGGUUCACUACCGAUGAGUGACAAUGGCUAUGGAUCUUUAUCCUCUUCAUAUCCAUCAAAGUUCUAUGGGGGAUUGCCUCCUCCUGAUGGUUCUGAGAUGCUUAUCCCUGCUCAUGCGGUGGGUAAGGUGAUGGGUAAAGGUGGAGCCAAUGUAGACAAUAUUCGAAAGAUAUCUGGAGCUGUUGUAGAGAUAUCUGAUUCCAAAUCAUCGCGAGGUGAUCGUGUUGCCAUAAUAUCUGGAACACCUGAACAAAAACGUUCAGCUGAAAACAUGAUUCAGGCUUUCAUAAUGGCUACCUGAUUUCUGUCUGACAAUGAAGGUGAAUUUGGCUUAAAUUCAUGGGACCUUUUCCUUAGUGCACUGCGCAUUUAGUUUUAUUUAUAGACAUGAAAACGUAUCUCCUUCUAUUCGGUUCUUUCUGCUGGAUCUCUUUACUUUCUUCCAAAGAUCAUCUGGGAGUGGCUGCAUGCAUGCUAAGAUUGAUUCAUCUUAGGCUCUUCUGUAGUGUUCUAUCCAGUGGGAGUCUUCAUAAGACUUUAGUAGGAUCUUUCUCUCAUUCCAUACUCUUUUUUAAUAACUCUUUGACUUUCUGUCUUUAUGAUCGUGCGUGCGGUUGUAAUUUUAAUCGUGAUAAAUUGAUUUUUCUGAAUAUUUCAUCGUAUCCCUCUUGCUCUUUGAAUCUUGGGUGUAAUCCGUUCUUGAAAUGAUGCAUUCUGAAAUGAUUAUCUGCUUUGCUUGAUCUUCUUGAUUCAUGGAAAGUCGUUUUCUGCAGCUGUGGUAAAAACAGGAGAAAAACAAAGCCAACUCUGGAUAUAUUUUGGUAGUUUCUAAUCUACCUAGAAAGUUCAUCCUCUAUAACUCAAAAAAAAAAAAAAAAAAAAACUCUUUUAAACUAGAAACACAAAGCUUUCAACAUAUUCUUCAUGUUGUUUUUCCAACUUGAAUUAAUCCAUGUGCUUCUAUUUAAGAAAUUGCACCCUGUCUGUGAUGGUUAUAAAUCCUGAACGUUUUUGUUCUUGCUUAGCUUAGCUCAUGACUUAUUCUCUUCCGAAUCAUGUUCUUGCCAUUCUGAUUCACUUUUUUAUUUAAAGAUUUCAAUCUAAAUCUUUAGGCCUCUCUCUUUAAACUUUAAAGAGGUGAAAGAUUUGUAGUGUCUGGCUGGUAAAAAUUCUCUUUACAGAUUUUGUCUACUAUUCCUGUCUAGUCUGUGAGGAAGAGGAUCAACUCCUUACUAGGCACUGGCAGAUCAGAUGCUGCUUCACUCUUCUCCAAUGUUUGCUCUCUAAAAUGAGAUAUCUCAAUCUCACCCCAUGUAAACUACACAUUGUGAUCCUACUUCACCACUUUUGCACCUGUCAAUAUAUAAAAAACACACUACACUACACACACAACUCUGGUAAAUUUAGGAUUGAUAUAGCCUGCCCA